AUGAAUCAAAAAGUAGGAGACGAUUAUAGCACAAACUAUCAUGUUUAUACUAAUUGCAAUUCUGAAAGCGUUUCAGAGCUGCCUAUAGAUAAUAUGAAAAUCUUUGAAGAACGUCUUAGGCGUUACGAAUAUGAAGUAGAUCAAAUUAGUAAUACAUCAACAUUAAUAGACAGAAUUUCAUAUUUACGGAAAAACAGAGAAAAUAAUGUAUCAAAGGCAAUCAUUAAUAUUGAAGAUUCAAUGAAUGUUGAUAUUUGCUUUGUUCUGGAUUGUACAAGCUCUAUGAUUGAUCAUAUCAAAGCAGCGAAAGAGCAUAUAUCAAAAGUAACUAGUUACGUAAACAACAAUAAUUCAAAUAUCGAAUUCUGGGUUGGUUUAUGUGGAUAUCGUGAUCACUGCGACGAUCUUCGUCUGCAGAUUUUUGAUUUUACUAACUCACUCAAGAAAUUUCAAACAUAUAUGACUAAUAAAGUAAAGGCUGAAGGUGGUGGUGAUUAUCCAGAAGACGUCUUGGGUGGUCUUGAUGCUGCGAUAACUGAAAUGUUAUGGAGCAAUGGACUCGUGUUCUUAUUCAUAUCGGCGAUGCGCCACCACAUGGCCGUCGUUUUACCGACUUAUAUGACGAUUAUCCAGACGACUACUGGAAAUAAUCCUGAGAAAUUAGUCAAUAAAUUUUGCAAUGCUACUAGUUCAGCCAUCUUUUCUUCUAUUACAUUAACCACAACUUUAAGAAGCUCAAAAAAUAUAUACUCUUUGCAACGAAAGAAGCUUCAAAUCAAUCCACAUGAACCUGAUUGGACCAUUCUUCCAGAGAAAACAGGAAAACUUUUAUAUUAUAAUUUGCCUAAAACUUUGGCUGAAGUUAAAGAUGAACAUUAUUUUAUCAAUUCAAGCUUUACUGAACAAGGCAUUUCUUUUAAACUUGCAACGCAACCAUUUUCCAUCGGUGCUGAACGAUAUGCUUAUUUCGCACUUGAUACAAGCCUUGAACAAGCCAAUAAAUUAUUGGCAUUUGCUCAUUUUACGUACCAAUACAGUGAAGGAUAUUUGGCAGUUUAUGACUUACAAGGUGUUGAACUCGAUAAUGAGUUCUUGUUAACAGAUCCAGCUAUACAUUAUUAA